ACAUCAACGUCAUAUGAUUCAUAAAGCCAGGCUGCCCUGUUCCAAUAUGGUGGUCAGCUUGGCGGAGCUGCGUCUCCCGUUGAUCAUCUCACUCUUGUGCGGUUUCGGAACCUGCAGCCAGGAAGAAACGCAGGUUUUCGGGCUGCGCCUGGAGGACGCCAGCGACCGGGUGUACAUGCGCGAAGGGGUCAUCAUAGCUCCGCACGGGUCCACUUUCAAACUCAGAUUAUUUGGGUCCAAUCUGGUCAAUGAGAGCUGGUCGUGGGUCGCGUUCGCCGCCGCUGGAGGUGGUUCGAAUGACCCGUGCGCGCAGGAGGAGCUCCGCAGGGCCGCUGCGUUCAAGGUGUUUGGACAGUUUGAGUCGGACGGGGAGAAUAACGGGCUCAUAGAGGUCCGAACCGAGAAUGCAUCAUCCCAAUCUGAGAAUAAGGAUGCAGCGUCAGUAUUCCAUCAUGUGUGUGUCUUAAAGGGCCAGACAUGGGUGACGUUUGGGUUGGACAAGUUGCUUAUAAAGGACCCGGAUUUGCCAUCCGAUUACAUUCCAAUUUGGGGUCUGGUUUUGGUUGUUGUGAUGCUGGUUUUGAUUUGCAGUGUGGUCAGAUGCUUGAAUCUGAGUUUGCUGUGGAUGGAUCCAUUGGAGCUGUAUGUUCUGCAUAGCUGUGGUUCAGAAGACGAAAAGCGGGCAGCCAAGCGCCUCAAGCCCAUUAGGAGGCGAGGAAAUGUUCUGGUUUGUUCCCUGUUGUUCAUUUGUGCACUGGGUCAUUCGGUGCUUGGUGUGCUGUUGUACCGCCUAUAUGGGUCCAUCUUACCUGCAGUGUUCACGAGUGGCUUCCUAAUAUUUGUUCUUGCAGAGUUGGUACCCCAUAUAAUAUGUUCUGGCUAUGGUUUCCAAAUGGCACCAGGUUUGAUAUGGCUGGCCCAGAUCUGUCUCAUUUUUACGUGUCCGCUUAGUUGUCCUCUUGGGCUCAUUUUGGACUUGGUCCUGCGCCGUGAUGUGAGCACCUGUGGCAUCCGUGAAAAAACCAUGGAAAUGAUUCGGACUAGUGUGAAUGAUCCUUAUAAUGAGUUUGUCAAGGUGGAGUUCAGCAAGGGGGCUCUCAGGACCAAAACUGUGGAGGAUAUCUUGACGCCCUUGAAAGAGUGUUUCAUGCUACCCUCCACGGCCAUGCUGGACUUCAGCACUAUGUCAGAGAUCAUGCAGAGCGGAUAUACUCGGGUUCCUGUGUAUGAUGAGGAAAGGUCCAAUAUUGUGGAAAUCCUCUAUGUGAAAGACCUGGCAUUGGUUGAUCCAGAAGAUCGCACCCCCAUGACCACCAUCACAAAGUUUUACAAUCAUCCACUGCAUUUUGUUUUUAAUGACACCAAGCUGGAUGCAAUGCUGGAGGAGUUCAAAAAAGGAAACUCCCACCUGGCUAUCGUUCAGAAGGUGAAUAAUGAAGGAGAAGGAGAUCCGUUUUAUGAGGUACUCGGGCUUGUCACGCUGGAGGACGUUAUUGAGGAGAUCAUCAAAUCUGAGAUCCUGGACGAGUCUGAUGGUUACAUGGACAUGAAGGUGAAACGUCCAACAGCCCCACUGGAGAUCCCCCUGGAGCCCCGCAGUGUGCAUGAGGAGUUCUCCCUAUUUAAAACGCCCGAGGGCGAGCCGAAGAUACGCACCUCGCCUCAACUGCUGCUGGCAACCCACCGUUUCCUGUCCAGAGAGGUGGAACAUUUCUGCCCACAGCGCGUGUCUGAGAGAGUUUUAUUUCAUUUGCUGCGGCACCCGAGUGUCAACCAAGAUGUGAGGUUUGACCCAGGGAACCGACUUAGUCCUGAUCACUACCUCUACACACGGAACCACCCUGUGGACUAUUUCAUUCUUCUGCUCCAGGGCCGUGUGGAGGUGGAGAUCGGGAAAGAGGGUUUAAAGUUUGAGAACGGUGCUUUCACCUAUUACGGCGUAUCAGCACUCACAGCUCCCUCCUCAGUCCACCAGUCUCCAGUCUCAACACAGCGUCAGUCCCCCAGAGACCCCUUUGAAAUGGCAGACGCCACCAGCCCGUCCAGCUACUGUCCCGACUACACAGUAAGAGCCCUCACGGACCUACAGUUCAUCAAGGUGACCCGUUUGCAGUACAUAAAUGCCUUGAUGGCCUCCCGGGUGGCACAGAGUCCCGAGCCCCCUGAAAUAAAGAUCCUACCCAACAGUCAAACAAAACUCCUGAACGAAAAAAACACUACACAAGAGUUUCAGCUACACUUUUCAUUCUUUGACGCAAUUGACAACUACUGUUAGUGUUCUUUGCAUGAGGUGCGAGCAAGAGCCAGGAAUCUAGGUCAGACGAGGAGCCUCACAGCCAGAGAGGAGCUUUUUGACCUUCUAGCUGAACUUUCUCCAGAACUCACAAGGAUUUUAUUAUGACAACUAAUUUGUUUUUGUCGUCUUAAAGGGAUAGUUCACCCAAAAAUAAAAAUUAUAUCAUUUACUCACUUCGUGUUGUUACAGUCCAGGGACACAGAAAGACAUUUUAGGGCUUUAGUCACCAUUCACUUUAUUGUAAAGAGAGAAAAAAAUGCAAUGAAAGUGAAUGGUGACUGAGAACAUCUCCUUUUGAGUUCCACUUAAGAUAGAAAGUCAUAUGGGUUUGGAACAGCAUGUUGAGUACAUAAUGACAGAAUUGUUAUUUUUGAGUGAACUAAUCGCUUUAAAUUAUUAUUUUACUCCUGUAUUGCAGUGAUUGAGCCAGAUGGGGGGAAAUUAUGUUCAGAACAUGUAAUGCUGGUCACAUGGGAACUUUUCUUACUAUUGUACUUAAUUAGUAAUUCCCUCAGAUGUCACUUCCUCUAAGCAUUUCUUUUAAAUUCAGAUAUUUCUUUAAGUUGUGUACUUUGCAAUUGUCCUCUAAAUGUAAUGAUGGUGUGCCAAUCCGUGCUGUAUUAUAGAGGCAGUCUUAAUGCUUCCAGUGUUACAGGCUGGAAUUGUCUCCAAUGUGUCCAUAUUUGUAAAGCCCUAAUGUGCCAAAAUUCAGAGUGAAAGAGAUAUAGCAGGAGAAGAGAGCAUCCUGAAAAUACUUCUAGAAAUAGUUAAUAUGAUUUUAAUUUUUACAUGAUUUUUUUUUAUCUUUUGUUAUUGAUUUUGCUUUUAUGUAACAGCAGUUCUUUGGGACUCCGGUUGUCCAAUUCCAAGUCAAAAACACAGUUAAAGUAUCAUAAAAUGAGUCCAAACAACAUAUAUGCGCUGUAUUCCAAGUCUUAAAGCCAUAGGACAGCAUUUGUGUGAGGAACAGACCAAAAUGUCUUAAAAUAAUGACAAGUUCAAUACAAGUUAAGCUCAAUUGGCAGCAUUUGUGGCAUAGUGUUGAUUAUCAGCAAUAAUAAUUUCAUCUCAUCCCUCAUUUAUUUAAAAUUAAAUUAAAAAUCUUUGUUACCUUAACAAUGGAGUGAAUGGGGCCAAUCCAUAAACGCUAAAAUACACACUAUAUUAAAAGUAUAUUAACAAGACGUAAACAUUGUGCAUGUUAACAUGAUUUUAGUAUGAUAAUUCGCUCACUAACCUCAUCAGUGUAAGGUUAUAUCCAAUAUUACAACUUCUUUGCCAUGAUGACAUAAUGCCGGUAAACCCUGUAAGGGAUUUCAUCACAAUAAAUAGUGUAGAACAGAGAUUUUAUCCCACUAAAAUCCUGUCAACAUUUAUAAUGUUUACGUCUUGUGGCUUUACUUUAGAAACGGUGAGUAUUUUAGCAUUUUAGAGUAUUUAUGGAGGGAGAUCAGUCUGUUUAUGGACUGGCCCCAUUCACUUCCAUUGUAAAUGUCUUUGAUCGAAACCUCUUUAUAUAUAUAUAUAUAUAUAUAUAUAUAUAUAUAUAUAUAUAUAAUCUAGGGACGUCUUGCAGUGUUAUCACAUAUGUUUUAGAUGCAGGGGCGUAGCAUUCAUUUACUCGGGAUUGGACAUGUCCCCCUUACUUUUGGGAAUGUCUACAAUGGUCCCAUAGGUAAUCAUUACUUUUUAAAGACCCAUGCCUUAAUGUUUAGUGCCUGCGUCAAAUCUCAAAACUCCCAAAAGCAUAAUUUUGAAAGUGACUUCAUGCUUAUUGCUGCCACCUGGUCUCGUAGAAUCUUUCAUUACUAUAUAAAUCUUACUAUACCUACAUUUUUGCAAAAAGGAGUUUUUCCGUGGCUCGUUGUAUAUUGUGCCAGUCUUCUGGUGAAGUUAACACGAGGCACUAAAACAACAACUUCUGUUCACUUUCACUCAGAUUACGAGUAAAACAGCACGUUAGCUUAACUGAUUGAGCAUUGCACUUGCAAUGUAAAGGACAGAGGUACGAGUCCCUUAGAGCACUUGAGCCGAAAGUGUCAUAGAAGCAGCACCAAAUCACGACGUUGCUUCAGCAAUUCUUUUUCAUCUCACAUUUGCUUUUAUGAUAUUAGCGGUUAGGUUUAGGUUUCAGGAUUAGUGUAGGGACAUAGGCUUUGUUGAUUUAAAACUCUAUAGAUUUCUGAGUGCAACCCAAACCCGUCCAGUUUUGCGAGACACUUGCACACUUGAUAUGUACACCACCAUUCGUAAUUCUCUAUGCCGUGCGGUACGUCCAAAACAACAAUGCUUCCAUGUCACAAUAUUUACAGCAUGCAUGCAUUUUGAUUCACUAUUUGAGAAACAUGUCAAUAAUAUUAGGUGACUAGAUACCUUGCAUGACUGUAGCAAUCUAGCUAACAGUAUAAGCGUAAAAAACAUCGCAAACUUUUUCCAUACCAUUGAUAUAGACUGGAAAAUACAUUUGAGCAAUAUUGAAAAUCCCUCUAUUUAAGGUUGUAUCAUAUUUUUAAGAUUGCCUAGAUGGGUAAUUAAUCUCUAACCUAUUUCUUGAAGAGCCUAGAAGAGACUCUACAGCUUUUAUUUUGCCAUUACUGGGUAUUUUGUUAAAACAUAUCCUCUAGCCGUUCCAUUUGCUUAUCCGAGAUGCAAGAAUGCUUGGCAGUUCUGAGUUUAAAAAUUCUUAGUAGCUUAUUUGAGUUUUUAAAUGACAUUCCAGCCUACUUUGGGUUUCUUGGUGCGAAGAAAGGUGUGAUAUUUGUAAGUUACUGUUUCUAAUCUAGAAAUUCCCUUUUCUGUUCGAUCGUUGCCUGAGUUGUUUUUAAAUGAAUGUUAUGGGCUCGAUACAAGUUAAGCUCAACUGACAGCAUUUGUGGCAAAAAUAAAUAUUGACUCAUCCCUCCUUUUAAUUAAUCAAAUAUACAAAUCUGGGUUACAUUGAGGCACUUUUAAUGGAAGUGAAUGUGGCCAAUCCGUUAACAUUAAAAUACUCACCAUUUGAAAAGUAUAGCCAAACAAGAUGUAAACGAUGUGCGUGUUAACAGCUUACAUUUUAUUUUUGUUUUUUAUUAAUUUACAUAAGAUCCAGUAUCAAUGAAGGUGUAACUGCUGAAAUGACAGUAAAACAAUUAUUUAAACAAAAUUUUAACAGACAAAUUAAUAUAAGUGCUUUUAUAAAAUGAUAAGCUUCACAUUUCUGCUUUUAAACCCUUUAAGCUCUGAAGGUGUUUUUAAAGAUUUCCUGUUUCAAUGGCAUACCCAAAAUUAAAGGCUUAUAAAUCUAUAAAAAGGUCAAGUGUCUUGUAUCAUUGUAAAGAAAAGUUAAAUAUUCCCUCAUUCUAAGUAACUGCUGAAAGUUCACAAACAAACUUGAGCCAAAAAUGUACUCUUUUUAUUUUUCUUAUUUGACAUUAAAUAUCUCUGGGUGUAAAUAAUCUGGCUGCAAAAAAUAUUUAUUUUGUUCCCAAUCAUGUCAACUUUAACUGAGAAAAAAAAAUGGAAUGAUACAAAGCAAUCAAAAGUUAUAGCAUUACAAAACUUAUUUAUCAUAGUCUCCAAAAACGUCUCGGUGUGUCCAAAAGCCUCUCCAAACAAAUAAAACAUUAUAACUGUACAUAAGAACUAAUUACACAUGCAAACACAACAAUGACUGAAGGUUUGCAUAGCAUGCACACAUGAGUUUAGUAAUGAGAUUUCACAGAAUCAGUGUCUUUUGACUCAACGAGUCUGCAUCGAGUCGUGGCGCCAUCUCCUGGUGGCCGUUUGUAAUUUUGUGCUUCAUGUGGAUUAUCUAAUGAUCUGUGCAUCUGAUUACAUUGUGUGUGUGUGUUCUUGUGAAAGAUAAACACCUAUAUAAAAUUAUAUGUGAUAUUUUAUGUUCCGUUUAUUUUUCGUGAAGUUAAAAGCGAAAAUGUGGCAUAUAAGCAACAACUGCUCACAUGAAACAUAAAUGUCAAAGGGAUAUGCUUAGCUAUUACUCGUUCGAUUUUUGUCUAGCGAACAAAUAUGCUGGCUGUAUUCUACUCUUUGAGAGCUUUCCAACAACAUAUGACACAUGGCUAUUAGAUGAGUUGAAUAUUUUUACUGACUGCAAAAUAUGUACAGUGUAAAUGUUUUAAUAAAUUAUCAAAAUGUAUCACUUCUCAUUUGUCUUGAAAUUUCAAAGCACUUUUUCAGUUUUGGUCAUAAUGCCUGCAUGCAUUGGGAGCUUCUAAGCUUUCAAACGAUACCUAUUUUGGUCAAGACAGUUAAUAUUUUAUAUUAAUAUUUUUUUUCUCGUCAGCAGGCCCAUCUGAGCUUAAAGGGUUAUUCCCUCCAAAAAUUGGCCCCAUUCACUUCCAUUGUAAGUGUCUCACUGUAACCUUUUUUUUUUUACUUUUUUAAAAAGAGGGACGAGUAUAUUUCUUUUUUUUUCUUUUGGGGUAAUCCACAUUAUGCCAAAAAAAACACUGUCGAUUGAGUUUAACCCAGAAUAUUCCUUUAAGCUGUUGCAUACAUUUAAGUUAGUUCUCAUUUCUGUUGCUGUUAUUAUAACCUAUUAGCUUACAUUAAAAUUUACUCCAAGAGUACUCCUCCACUGUGUAAAUAUAUGUUUCUGUUGUUGAAAUAAGUUGUACUGUUUAUUCUGUUGUAAAAGACAAUUUAUAUGGAACAAAUUAAUCAAUGUAUAUUAAAAAAAAAAAUCCUUUUCUUGUUUUACUCUAUUUAUCAUACAAAAUAUUGACAUUUUUGGAUAGGUUAGCGAUUACACUAAAUUAAUAUGUAAUUUCUGAAUAAACUCAGUUGCUGGCAGAUUUCAGUUCUUCAGGUACAAACAUAGAUGUUACCAGGGAUUCAUAUAGACUUUACUUCUGACCAGCCAUUUGUGAUAGUUAAGAUUCAAAUCUUCUCUGUAUUGUACACGAGCCAUUGAACGCUCUAGAUAUCAACUGUUUCAUAAGAAAUAAACACAA